ACGGGUACUGUGUCAAAAACAAAUAAUAAAUAAAUAGAUUUGUUUAUACUGAAAAAUGAUCGGAGUUAGACUAAAUACAUUUAACGAUAGUUCAGGGGAACCAGAACAAGAUGCUAAUUCAGCAUUAACUGAGCUAGAUAAAGGCCUCAGAUCGGGUAAAGUUGGAGAGCAGUGUGAAGCUAUCGUUAGAUUUCCGAGGUUGUUUGAGAAAUAUCCUUUUCCAAUAUUAAUAAACUCUUCUUUUUUAAAAUUGUCUGAUGUUUUUCGUAUGGGAAACAACUUUCUACGCUUGUGGGUUUUACGAGUGUGCCAGCAGAGUGAAAAGCAUUUGGAUAAGAUUCUAAACGUUGAUGAAUUCCUGAGGCGGGUAUACAGUGUCUUACACUCUAAUGAUCCAGUGGCACGGGCUCUAGCACUGAGGACACUUGGUGCUGUGGCUGGGAUUAUACCGGAGAGGCAAAAUGUGCAUCAUGCAAUACGAAGAGGCUUGGAGAGCCACGAUAAUGUUGAAGUUGAUGCUGCUAUAUAUGCAACUACAAGAUUUGCAGCUCAUUCUAAUACAUUUGCUGUGGCAAUGUGUAACAAGUUGUCAGAUAUGGUGGAAUGUGAGAGCACAGGUGCAGAACGAAGGGCUAAGCUCGUAAGAGCUCUAAGAACUGUGCAUGGUGGAGCUGUUCGUGCCCAAGGUGUGCUGAAGCUACUCAGGUCGCUCUUAGAAAGGUUUCCAUCAUCCAGCUCAGUUCGUGCUGCAAUCACUGCUCUUACUGCUAUUGCUGCCGAUACAGUUGUCCAUGUGCCUGAUCAGGUGGAACUUCUGCUCAGCCUUGCUAUGAACGAUGCUCGUUCCGCUGUCCGUCGUGCGGCACUGCUGGGAUUAAAAAAGUUAGCGGAGCAUGCAGCCCUAUGGCCGGCUGAGUGCAUUCAGAAUCUCGUAUACGCCGCGACCGACACCCAGGACCCCGAACAUACGAUGCUUUGCCUACAAGUUAUGCAGAUCCUGGUGCGCUGCCCGGCGGUGUGCGCGGCGGCCGGCAGCCCGCGCGGCGGCUCGCCCAGCGCGCUGCGCCAGUUCUGCAGCGACGCCGCGCUCAGCGUGGAGCUGCGCCAGGCCGCCAUCGCCGCCGACGUGCUCGCGCGCAUCGUCGUGCACUGUUAUGAAGAAUGCCUCCCGGUGGAAGGAGCUGAUCUGAUGUUGGCGCUGGAAUCUCUGGUCAUUGCCACUGGCCUUCCCAAUGGAUACAACAACAUACAACCACUGCGCAUAGCUCUACGGUGUUUGGUGAAACUUAGUACAGCGGAACCAGCGCUGUAUGCGCAGCGGACUGCAGCGGUGGUAGGUGCUCAGCUCUGCGCCGGAGGGAAGCGGCAGAUGGCUCUAUUGGAAGCACUGGCAGCGCUGGGUGCUCUCGGGGCGCCAGCUCUGCCCCAUCUCCUGCCGACAUUGGAACAGGCCAAAGAAGAUUGCAAAGACCCAACCUACGAUGGUACGACCCUCGUCCUGAUCUGCACCGUGCUGCUCCAAGAGCGCGCCGGGGCGGCUCUCACGCAUAAGAUCAACAAAUCCUGGGAACUGAAAAUCAAGGAUGCCAUCCAGGAAGCUGACGGUUGGACGAGAUACAGGGUCGCCAGGGCGGCUUUAAGAUAUGGACAUCAGAACUUGGCUGCUGAUAUUCUAAAGCGACUCUCCGAAGAAGCACCGAGCGAGUCAGCCCAGCGCUGGCUCACUGCACUGUAUCGAGCUGCCAAAGCUGAUGCCAGACUAUUGGAAGAAGGAAUCUCCGGGCUCGAGGAGGCCAGCGCGGGCUGGGAGAGCUUCGGCGACGGCGGCGUGGCGGGCGGCGGCGGCUGCUCGGGCUGCAGCGGCUGCGGCGCGUGCACGGCGCUGGCGCCCGCGUGGGCGGCGGCGCGCGCGCGCUCGCUGGCGGCGCUGGCGCGGGCCGCCGCCGCCGCGCGCGCGCUGUGCACGCAGCCGCCGCCCGCCAUCGCGCUGGCGCACGCGCAGGCGGCGCGCGACCCGGCGGCCAAGGCGGGCGCGGCGGCGGGCGCGCUGCGGGCGGCGGCGCGCGCGCUGGCGGCGCAGGCGCAGCGCUACGCGGCGCUGGCGCGCACCGCCUUCCACGCGCACGACUCCACGCUGCGCCACCUGCACAUUUCUCAACACACGUACGCCCAAAUGGCGCAGUUCCUCGACCGGAUAACCUCCAGCCAGCAGGAGCGACCGGAAUCGGUUACGAAGGAAAUAAAAGCCACAAGCUUAGAGGAGACGAUUAUGUUGGCACCAUCGGUCGCCCUCGCCAAGAUCUCUUCCAAGCUGUUCGAUAACCCCACCACGAGCUCCGGCAUCACGCACCGGCACGCGGAGGCGAUCCUGGCGGGCGUGCGCGCGCUGGCGGCGGGCGCGUGCUGGCCGCGCGACGUGUGCGGCGGCGGCGGCGGCGGCGCGCUGUGCCGCGUGUCGCUGUCGCCCGCGCACCGCCCGCCGCCCGCCGAGCACGCCGCCACGCUGCCGCUGGCGCACCGCCUGGCGCUCAAGCUGGAGGGCGUCGUGCUGCCGGCGCCGCAGGGGAAAAGGAAGACGAAACGUCAAGUGAAAGGAGUACAAAUAACCGUUACGGCGACCCCCCAUCCCCGCACUAACGAAAAGACGGUGGAACUGACGAACAUCCCGCCGGUCCUGACCGCGGUGCAGACCGUGACGCCUGUGCGGGACUUCUUCUCAGCGCAGCAGCUGGUCAGCGUCAACGCGCCCGGCCUCUACACGGUGGCAGUGGAGGCCGCCUUCGUCGACGAACGAGGCGAGCUUUGGCACACUGGACCUAGGACGGCUAUUGUCAUCAAGGCUCACGAGGAUCCAACGACCAAAGGCAAUGCACAAACGACUAGAGGACGGUUUUAAUUAGGAAUACUUUAUUUUUAAUAAUUAACUACGACAUUAAAUGUUUAAAUACAA